AUGAUUGCAAUCAAGGCCGUUGUGAUUGCUGCUUGUGCAGUUCAAACUGCCUACGCUUUGCCCACUAACGCUUCCCUACCAGUCGUUGAUCUUGACUAUGCACUUCACCGGGCUACAAUAAAUGAGACAGGACAGUACUACAACUUCUCAAAUAUUCGAUAUGCAGCCCCGCCUAUAGGAAAUCUUCGAUUUGCUGCUCCGAUCGAACCGACUGAAGUAAACCGAACCAUCAACGAUGGUCAGCAGGGUGCUAUCUGUGCGCAGGGAACACCUUAUUGGGAAGAAGUUGCUUUGUACUAUUUUCAAGGUGCUAAUACAGCUACCUUGGAAUUCGUCGAGGCAGAAGUAGAAGCAGUCGAGAAGAAUCUCACCAUCUCGGGACUCUCCGCGCCAGCACCAUUGACUUCAGAGGACUGCUUGUUCCUCGAUGUCAUUGUCCCAAAGUCCAUAUACGAUUCUUGUGGUGAAAGUAGCGCCCCCGUUGUUGUUUGGAUAUAUGGAGGUGGUUAUGUCGCCGGAUCAAAAUUUGGUUCAGGGAAUCCGGCUACGUUGAUUUCAAGGAGUCAAGAGAAUGGGGAUGAAGGUGUAAUUUAUGUUGCUCUAAACUACAGACUUGGUCUCUUUGGAUGGCUUUCUGGUCCCACAUUUGAGGAAAGUGGAGCAGCAAAUGCUGCUCUUCUUGAUCAGAGAUUGGCUUUGGAAUGGAUACAAAAGUAUAUUUACCUCUUUGGUGGAGAUGCGGAUCGAGUAACAGUUAUCGGCGAAUCGGCCGGAGCUGGGUCGAUCAUGCAUCAGAUUACAGCAUAUGGUGGCCAUUCUACAAAGUCCUGGCUAUCCCCCGUUUAUUCAGAUGCCCAACAAGAGGCGACUUUCCAAAACGUCAUCACUCAAGCACAAGAACUUAUUGGACCUAACAUCACCUCCGUAUCGGAUUUGAGAAAUCUCGACUUCGCCACGCUGGCCGGGCUUAAUACUAUUAUUACUGCGCGAUCGGCUCCUUAUGGUACUUUUACUUUCGGACCGGCAGUUGACGGUACCUUUGUACCUGAGUUACCGGCCAAAUUACUUCUUGAGGGCAAAUUCGAUACGAACGUCAAGAUCAUGACAGGGCACAAUUCCAAUGAAGGUGCAUUCUUCACAUCUCCCUUCUUCUCUACAGACGCCGAUAUUGCUACCGAUCUUACAACAACGCUGCCCACCAUAUCCAAUUCCACGCUUGCCUACGUGACUGGAACCCUUUACCCACCAGUCUACAAUGGUUCUUAUCCAUACACGAGUAUUUGGGAACGAGCAUCCCUCAUCACAGCCGAAAUCGUUUUCACGUGCAAUACUCGCUACCUGAACACCGCGUUCCUUAACGAAACACACUCCUACUACUUUACCGUUCCACCCGGACUUCACGGCGAAGAUAUUGCAUACACGUUCUUCAAUGGUGACACUACUACAUCAAACGAUGGAUUGCCAGUAAAUGCUACCAUAGCAGCUGAUUUACAAAGAUACAUCAUGAACUUCGCUAUGACAGGUAAUCCCAAUGGGGUUGGAGUGCCAUUUUUCCCAGAAUACCAAAGCAAUGCCACGACUCUCGUUCUUGGAACUACUGGCUUGGGAAGUGUGCAAACUGAUACCACUGCAAACAACAGAUGUGCAUGGUGGCAACAAGCGUUGUACGAAUAG